AUGACCAAUAAUAACAAUGCAAUAAAAGCAUGCUGGUUGGUGAUGUUAAGCAUGGGCGUGGGUGUGGCCCGGUGGAACGGCCCGGUCAAGGCGCUUUACCAUAAUGAAAAAAGGAAGAUUAUUUCGUCUUAUAACAAGCAUAAUACUAAUAUUGUUGAUCAUCAUCAUCAUCAUCAUCAUCGGUCUACUAGAUCUGUAACUCUUGGUUCUGAAUUGGCAACCCGGAAAUAUAGAUCAAGGAAAACACAGGCGGAAUCGAUGAAAAAGGUUAUGGAUAUGAAUUGUUUUGGUCCUAGUACUCUUAAGUUUUAA